UGGCUCCCAAUCCUGAUCACGAUUGUCAGCAACAUAGUGAAGGAAAACUUCCCGAAACUCCUCCACCGGAAUAUGACACAAUUGAACACCCUCAGAAUGUACUUAAGGAACCUCCAUACGAGUGUGCAGCUGCAUCUGCUGCUGCGAUGCUUCAAUUUAACUUGGACGAAGCCAACGGUGUGCCGUUAUUCAUCAGCCCUUUCCCGGUUGAAUCGAAAAUCCCGAUCGAACCCGGCGAUCUCGCCAACGUAGACAAAGUGAAAGAAGUCGAUCAUUGGGCCUUGCCAGAGUUGCAGGACAAUUCGACAAAGUGGGCAGAUCUCAGUUGUUCUGGUAAAUUGAAACGUGUCAUCGUUGAUUAUUUUGGUAAACUAGUUUGUCUAAUUGGUCUCCUCUACCUGUUUAUCUGUUCUCUGAGCUUCCUUGGUAGCGCUUUCCGUCUUCUUGGAGGGAAAGCCGCUGGGGAGGCGUUCGCCUCAAACGAAGUUCUCUCCAACCCUGUCUGUGGACUGAUGAUCGGUGUCCUGGCAACUGUACUUGUGCAGAGUUCCAGUACCACAACUUCUAUUGUGGUUUCUAUGGUUGCAGCCGAGAUUCUCUAUGUAAGGCAAGCCAUUCCUAUUGUCAUGGGCGCAAACAUUGGCACAUCGGUCACCAACACGCUAGUUGCGAUGUUCCAAGCACAUGAUCGAAAUGAAUUCAGACGUGCGUUUGCCGGUGCCACCGUGCAUGAUGUCUUCAACUGGUUAUCGGUGAUAUGCCUAUUGCCGCUGGAAAUCACUACUGGUUACCUAUAUAAACUGUCAGGGGUCAUUGUUCGUAGUAUGAAUUUGGAAAGUAACGAAGACGCUAAAGUCGAACUUAUUAAAAUUAUCACAAAGCCAUUCACCAGCAAGAUAAUUGAGGUUGACAAGAAAGUUAUCACAAAGAUUGCUAUCGGUGACAGCAGUGCUAUUGACGACAGUAUGAUCAAGCAUUGGUGUGAGACUACAGAGGUUACUCGACUGAUAAAUGUUACCAUGGAGACCAACGUGACGUCUGAAAUGAGCAUUCCUAACGCUUCCAGUGAAACUAUGAAUGUGACGACACUUCAGAAUAUUACAUCAUUAGUGGAGGUCACUGAUAAGAUACCGCUCACAAAAUGCUCACAUCUGUUCGUCGACACGGAGCUGAGCGACACUAUCGUUGGUAUAAUAUUACUGGCUGGAGCGUUAGCUAUGUUAUGCAUCUGUCUUGUAUUGAUCGUCAAAUUGUUACACUCACUGCUUCGUGGACAAAUAGCCAUCGUCAUUAAGAGAACAAUCAAUGCAGACUUUCCUGGCAAGCUCUCCUGGCUGACCGGUUAUAUCGCGAUCUUAGUCGGUGCUGGUUUGACACUUCUCGUCCAGAGCAGCUCAAUUUUCACCUCUGCGUUGACCCCGUUGAUUGGUAUCGGCGUUGUCUCUCUGGAUCGUGCUUAUCCCUUGACGCUGGGUGCAAAUAUCGGCACGACUGGUACGGGCCUUCUUGCAGCCAUGGCAAGUUCUGACGGUAAAUUAGCCAGUGCCCUUCAGAUUGCCUUCUGUCAUCUUCUGUUUAAUAUCUCUGGCAUUCUCAUUUGGUACCCGAUACCAUGCAUGCGUAAAGUUCCUAUCAGAGUUGCAAAGAUAUUUGGCAACACGACUGCUAAGUACCGAUGGUUUGCUGGGCUAUAUCUAGUACUCAUGUUCUUUCUUCUGCCUGGUCUUGUCUUUGCGCUGUCUGUGGCUGGAUGGCAGUAUCUCGUUGCGUUCGGCGUCCCGAUUCUAACCAUCGCAACGUUAGCUAUAUUGAUUAGCGUGCUCCAGGUCAAAGCACCGAAAUGUCUUCCUCAUUUCCUAAGGACAUGGGAUUUCCUUCCAAAGUGGAUGCACUCGUUAGAACCGUUUGAUCGUGUCGUUAAUCGUAUGUUUAGCUGCUGCCGGAAGUGUCCAUGCUGUAAAAAGUCUCGCAAAAGCAAUUCGUACGAUGUCAGUCACAUUUCACAGAUACCCUUACAAGACUGCAAUACGACAUUGGACUCCAUCAAAAUAACAUCAGUGUAGCAUAGGCUAACUAUGGAUGUCAAUUUUAACCAGUCUGUGUUGUAUAAUUAUAAAUUAUUUUUUAAUAUUAGCCAUAAUAUUGUGGCUAUCAUAUUUAUGAACCAUAAAAUGCAACAAAGUUUUGUUUUUUUAUUUGCUGCUUGAAUGCAAAGAAACUUGGUCUACCUCGAGUAUCGAUCGCUUUAAACCAGUUUCAACCAGAUUUGUGGCUUGUUUGGUGAUUGAAAAAACUGUAUUUAUUUAAGCCCAUAUUUAUACAAUGUUGCAGGUGUUUUGGAAUUACAUGCAGUAUGUAAUUUUGAAAUAAAAAAAUAAAAUAAAAAUAUGCUCAGGAUUUACUGUUAAGUAGUAUUUUAACAGUUUUCUUUGUUUUGAUAAAGAAGAUGUAGAGGGAGUUAACUAGUUUUUAUUCUGUUUGCUUGUAAAUGCAUUAUUUUGGUAUUUAUAUUUGAAAAUUUAUUUUAGAAAGGAAGAAAAAAUAUAUAUAUUUAUUAAGUACAAGGCUGUAUACACUUUCUGGACCAACAUGUUCUUUCUAUGUGUUUUGAUUGGUCCUGUGUUUUGAAAAUCAGCCAAUGAUACUGCUCGGUACAUGAUUGAAAUGCCAUAUGUAUGUACUGUAAAAGGAGGGUCUUGAUGCAAUUAUUGUCGCAUUUAAUAUUUAAAUGUCCCCUCCCCCAUCCAUCUCUUGAUGGAUGAAAUAGACCUGGGCGUUUGAAGGUUGUAAAUAUUGUAUUGCAUUUUUUUUUAAGAAAAACUUUAAAAGUGAUAGAAUUGAAAUUGUCACAGUACAAGCAUUUAUCUCGCUUCUCUGUAAGGUAUAAUCUGAUUUUAUCUUGUAGAUAAUUUCACCUAUUUACUGUUUACCAAGUUAGUGUGGUUCUGUAACUGCCAACAAGAUCUUUUCGUCUCUUACCAGGAAUGUUUCGUUAAUACUCGAAAUCAAUGUAAAUCCAUUGUAACUUAUGAAAACAAUUAAAUGCAUCUACAUUGAGGGGAGGGAGGAGUGUAUGGGUGGGUGUGUGCUUACUUGGAUGGAAAAUUUGUAGACAAGUGCUUGUGCUUUGACAAUUACAAUAUUGACUACUGUACAGUGAGUUUCAGUUAAUUUUAAAGAAAUAAACUUAUAAAAAUGAAA